AUGGAGUGCAUCAGCCAAACCAUCAACAUCGUAUCUAGAUGGUGGGAUCCGAUCGCUCUACCCUUCAUUGACCUUGAAGAAAACUUCAGCUCCCUAAAGGAAGACAUGGAAGAAUUGAAAUGCAUGAGGAAUGAAGUGAAGACAAGGGUGGAUGUCGCCGAGUGGGAGCUGCUCAAAUGCAAGGAUGAGGUUCAAUUUUGGCUUGGAAAGGUAGAAGAAGCCGAAGGAGAAGUGAAUGCAAUGGAAGAAACUUUUGAGCAAAUGACAAGGUGUCUUUGGAAUUGCCAUCCAAAUUGUUGGUCGGCCUACAAGCUUGUCAAGUGGGUGGAGAAGAAGCUGAAAGAUGUAGCUGUGCUGAAGAGGAAAGGGGAUUCCUUCAAAGUGGUUGUGAACAAGGACUUGGUGUUGGAGAAGGUUCUAAAUUGGCUUUUUGAAGGCCAAGUGGGAGUUAUUGGAAUAUAUGGAAAGGGAAUUAAAUGUGGGAAAGAUUCAGAUGGAUAUUGGCAAACGAUUGGUGUUGGGAAGCGCGGAAGAGACCGGAGAAAACAUGGGACAUACCUAUUAGUGAUUGCUCACAAGUGGGCCCCACUAGCCUACGUCCAACAAUUGGGAUUGCCUUGGCCAGAGAAUGAAAGCUACAACCAGACACGGUCUCAUGACAUUCGCAAGGUCUUGAGUAGUAAGAAAUUCAUGCUGUUGUUGGAUGAUAUUUGGGAAUGGUUGGAUCUAGAGAUGGUUGGAAUUCCUCAUCCAAGCAGCCAAAACGUGAGCAAGGGCGUUUUCACUCCACGAUUUGAGGACGUCUGUGGCCACAUGGCUGCGGACAAGAAGAUCAAAGUAGAAUGUCUCCCAGAGCAAGAAGCAAUGAAUCUAUUUCUACGGACUGUUGGUGAAGAGGCCAUGAAAUCGCAUCCAGAGAUACCGAUCCUUGCCAAGAGCGUAGCUAAGGAGUGCAAGGGUCUGCCCCUUGCGCUGAUCACCAUUGGGCGGGCCAUGGCAUGUAAGAAGACACCACAGGAAUAG